CACUGUUGAAAUUCCAGUGCUAACCAACUUUAGCCAGCUUGCUAACAUGUAAUUCAGCGAAUUUGAAGAACUACACUUACAAUGCAAUACUAGACUUAUAGGCAUAAAUAAUAUCUCAUUUCCAACAGAGUAAUACCGGAAAAAUCGUCUUAAUGUUUGCUACUGCGCGUGUCUCCGCUACUGCAACCAGAACAUGUCCAGUUAGCCCGAGCGCAGCAAUCGCUGGAUAACGAACCUGGCAAGCUAACCAGCCAGCCCGUCUCUACUGGGUCUGCGUUGAGGGAUUUGAACAGGUUUCGUCGCCCAGAGGACAGUGAAAGCCGGAUGCUGUGACUACCAUGAGUCCCGCAGGCUGCCCCCAUGUCAACGGCUUCAAAGUGGACAACUGGAAGCAGAACCUGAGGGUUAUUUAUCAGUGUUUCGUGUGGAGCGGUUCAGCUGAGACCAGAAAACGAAAGGCCAAGUCAUGUAUCUGCCACAUGUGCGGCGCCCACCUCAACAGACUCCACUCCUGCCUCUACUGCGUCUUCUUCGCCUGCUUUGCCAAAAAACACAUCCAUGAGCAUGCCAAGAGCAAAAGGCAUAACCUAGCUAUUGACCUGCUGUAUGGAGGAAUUUACUGUUUUAUGUGCCAAGACUACAUUUAUGACAAAGACAUGGAACAGAUUGCCAAAGAGGAACAGAGGAAAGCCUGGAAAAUGCAAGGCAUAGGGGAGAAAUACUCAACGUGGGAGCCCACGAAGAGGGAGCUGGAGCUGCUUCGCCACAACCCCAAGAGGAGGAGAAUCACCUCCAACUGUACUAUUGGCCUGCGAGGUUUGAUAAACCUGGGCAACACGUGCUUCAUGAACUGCAUCGUUCAAGCGCUGACACACACGCCGCUGUUGCGUGACUUCUUCCUGUCUGACAGACACAAAUGCGAGAUGCAGAGCAACUCCUGUUUGGUGUGUGAGAUGUCGCAACUCUUCCAGGAGUUCUACUCAGGCCAUCGGUCGCCACACAUCCCCUUCCGUCUCCUUCACCUGGUGUGGACCCACGCUCGUCACCUGGCCGGCUACGAGCAGCAGGACGCCCACGAGUUCCUCAUUGCGGCGCUAGAUGUCCUGCACAGACACUGCAAAGACGACAACGGGAAGAAAGCCAACAACCCCAACCACUGUAACUGCAUCAUCGACCAAAUCUUCACAGGGGGCCUGCAGUCUGACGUCACCUGUCAAGUCUGCCAUGGUGUCUCGACGACCAUAGAUCCAUUCUGGGACAUCAGCCUGGACCUGCCGGGCUCCUCCACCCCGUUCUGGCCCCUCAGCCCCGGAGGAGACGGAUCAGCACUUAACGGAGAGAGUCACACCACUGGAGCCACGACACUCACAGACUGUCUGCGCAGGUUCACCAGGCCGGAGCACCUCGGCAGCAGCGCUAAGAUCAAGUGCAGCGGUUGCCAUAGUUACCAGGAGUCCACCAAGCAGCUGACCAUGAAGAAGCUGCCCAUCGUGGCCUGUUUUCACCUCAAAAGGUUUGAGCAUUCGGCCAAACUGCGGCGGAAGAUCACAACUUACGUCUCCUUCCCGUUGGAGCUUGACAUGACGCCCUUCAUGGCCUCCAGUAAAGAAAGCAGGAUGAAUGGGCAGUACCAGCAGACCGUGGACCCCUUCAACAAUGACAACAAGUAUAGUCUAUUUGCAGUGGUGAACCACCAGGGGACGCUAGAGAGCGGGCAUUACACCACCUUCAUCCGCCAGCACAAGGACCAGUGGUUCAAAUGUGACGACGCUAUCAUCACUAAGGCCAGCAUCAAGGAUGUCCUGGACAGUGAAGGGUACCUUUUGUUUUAUCAUAAACAGUUCCUGGAGUACGAGUAGCUCCAUUUAGCGCAGCCUGCAGGAGGAGACGAGGGAUGACGCAAGGAUUAGUUGCAUGGGAAAAGGUAACAGAGUGACAAACGAGGCAUGGAAGCAGAAACACAAGCCUACCUGAAUCACUCUAAAUCGCAACUUACUACUUACUCUAACAUGGAUCCACCCUGACUACAUACUAAUCUAGCUCCACUGUGCAACAUUCAAGAAAGAACUGAUAGUGCAAAUGUGCAAGAACCAAACAAAAUGCAAGAGGUUUGGAAGGGAGGAGGUUUGUACGGGCCCUGAAGGAAUAAUGCAUAAACAGUUUUUCACUUGAAUUCAUGGGGAUGAAGAAGAAAGCAGCUGCUGUAAGAAAGAAAUGACUGCAGAACUAGUCUGUAAUUGAUUUCAGACAACAGAGGUUUAGUGUCGCAUCCUUACUUUCCUCUCCUUUUCAGACACAGACAGAAAGGCAGAAGGUUACUUUAAACCUUACUUUAGGUUUACUUGAUCACAAAUGCUGUUCCUCACCAUGUUUCAUGCUCCCACAGCUGCAGUUAGUGACACCUGAAGGUGCAAACGAGCAGAGUCGUGGCCUUCCUCAGGCAUCGGAGGCUCCACUUUAGCGAAAACCGGCAACUUCCUGGACACAAGCACACUUGUCUGACACACCCACACUCCUCCAAAUGACCAAAUAUUUCAAGGAUGGAAGUUGUCUUAUUAUGCAUUUUUGUUCAUAAUGCAAAAAGUAAAAAAAAAAAAAAUCACCGGACUAAUGGUAUUAUGUACAUUGUAUAGAGAGACAGUUAAUUAAUUACUCAUGUAGUCGUCAGUCAGAUACUUUUAGGAUACACUGUCUUUAACGAGGAGUUAAAGUUUUCUGCCUCUCUUGCUGCUUCCAACAGUCACGGGGGAAAUAAAUUACACAGUGAAUAUUAUAUUUUUAUACAUACUGUAAUUAAAUCGUUUGUUUACGGUUUUUGCAUUCUCCUUAAACUCUCACAUUGUUUGUCUGUGUUGCAUUGUGCCGUCAAUCAUGUUUUUUUUUUUGUACACACAAAAGCAAAAAUAGUGCUGAUAACGUUUAUGAACCUGCUGCUACGGCAGCUUCAUUUACUUUCUUUUAUUCUUUCUGUUUAAUUUGACCGCAAUUUGUCAAAUUUUUUGCCGUUUCAGAGGCCUAUCCUCCAUGUUCAAGAUACGUUGUCGUGAUGCUGUUUCAGGUAAAUGGCAAAAAAAAAAAAGAAAAGAAAAGAAACAAAGGAGUAUGUAUAAUGGGUCAGAAGCUCGAUCCUGCAGUGUUAACCGUCGGCCGCAUGUUGCUCUAAUUCGGUGUGUUUGUGUGUGUGUGUGCGUGUGUGUGUGUGCACGUGUAUGUGCCCAAGAAAGGGGAUGAAAAAAAAAAGCUCAGCGUAGGUGUGUUUGUAUAAACUGUGUUAUUUGCGCGUUAAGAGAAAAAAAAAAAGUGUGUGUGUGUGUGUGUGUUCCCGUUUGUAUGCACGUGUGUUGUGCGCGUGCGUAUGUACCGUAUGUUCGUGUACUGAAUCAGUACUUGCAUUCAGCAUGCCGUUUGAGCUGGGUAUCGCAGUUUGAUAGGAGUUUUUUUCCACAUGUUGAUGAUGUAUGUAAAAGUAUAUAUGUACAGUUUGUAUGUAAGAGACAAAAAUGGUGAAACCUCAAAGUCAAUUUGUUCUUCUAUAUCGCUGGAUCCGGCCACGGGGUCGUAAUCAGAAGAAACUUUUGUCUUGACCCGGUCAGUCAUUCCUCGCACACACAUGUAACUGCUGCAAGAACUGGACACAGUGAUGGAACGACACUCAAAUAAAGAA